AUGACUUUUUAACGGAUGCAGGUAAAGACUAAUCUUCGCGACUUCUUUACCGGAUACAUUAAAGGCCGAUAUGAUCGAAUGGGUUGGCCACAAGUUUGGAAACUGAAAGAUUGGCCUCCAUCUAAGGCCUUCGAAGAAAACUUGCCACGUCAUGCGAUGGAGUUCUUAUGCAGUUUGCCUUUGAAGCAGUACACUCACCCAGAUAAUGGACCAUUGAAUCUGGCUGUCAAACUGCCUAAAAAUUGCUUGAAGCCAGACAUGGGGCCAAAGACAUAUAUUGCUUAUGGAUUUGAGCAAGAGUUUGGCCGUGGAGAUUCUGUUACUAAGCUCCAUUGCGACAUGUCUGAUGCGGUGAAUGUAUUGACGCACAUAUCUGAAGUGGCCAUUAAAGAGGAUAACAAAUCUGGAAUUGAAGAACUGAAAAAGAAGCAUGCUAAACAAGAUGUCAAAGAGCUGUAUAGCUCUGUAGCUAACAAGGAGGAAAUGAUAAAGAUUCUUGUCAAGUCUAAACAAGAAGCCGUAAAUGUUGAAUCUGAUGAUGGAGCUCUCUGGGACAUUUUCCGUAGAGAAGACAUUCCUAAAUUAGAAAGUUACCUUCUGAAACAUUACCAGGAGUUUAGACAUUUCUAUUGCUGCCCUUUGUCCCAGGUUUCUCAUCCGAUACACGACCAGACCAUCUAUCUAACACGAUAUCAUAUCAAGAAGCUGAAAGAAGAAUAUGGUAUUGAACCAUGGACCUUUAAUCAGAAGCUUGGCGAUGCUGUCUUAAUACCUGUCGGGUGCCCGCAUCAAGUCAGAAAUUUGAAGUCCUGCACAAAGGUAGCGCUUGACUUUGUCUCACCUGAAAAUAUCAGCGAGUGUUUACGCUUGACAAAACAGUUUCGUCUACUUCCACCUAAUCAUUUUGCAAAAGAAGACAAGUUGGAGGUUAAGAAGAUGAUAAUCCAUGCAGUCGAUAAGUCUCUUAGGGACUUAAGUGGACAGGAGUAUCCAGAACCCGAAGAGAAGAAAACAUGUAAGGGAGGGAAAAGUAAGGCAAAAGGGGGAGCCAAGGGAGGUGUUAAGGCUGCCAAAAAGUUACCUCGAAGUGAAAGGUCUUUGGAAGCUGAAGUGGAGAAAAAAGCUGAAGAGGAGAAAACAAAGGGGAUAGUCGAUAAGACUCUCGAAGACUUACCUCCAAGUGAAAAGUCUUGGGAGGAAAAAUCAAAGGGUAUAGUGAAUCCAAUCGAUAAGGCUCUAGAAGACUUGCCUCCAACUGAAAAGAAGUUUCAAGAAGCCGAAGGGGUGAAAAGAGCCAAGAUAUUAAAGACAUACGUGCGGAAGAGAAAGCGAAGAAGUGAAGAAAUCAACGCAAAGACAUUAUUAGCAAAUUUACAAGCGGAGAAGAUGUAGGAGUAGUGGUAGUAGUCUUUUGUUGUAGCUUUAGCAGACUCACUAAGUUAAACAGAGCACCAAUGGAGUG